AGCCAUGAGCUCGCCGCGCCAGGAGGCAGAGGAGCCGCGCCGCGCCGCCGAGGCGCAGAGCUUGGGGAUGCGUCCGCCCGAGUGGCAGGGGCUGCUCCAGCGGGCCGACGCGCUGGCCCAGGGCGGGCGGCUGCCCGAGGCGCUGCGGCUCUACCAGCUGGCCUCCCGCCACACGCAGCUGCGGGCCGAGCAGCUGGGCGAGCUGGUGACCUGUCUGGCGCGGAGCGUGCGCGGCAGCGAAGGCCGCGCCCGGCCGCCGACCUCUGGCCGCGAGUGGGAGCGGGAGUGGGAGGGCUUGGGGUGCCGCAAGUGCCAGGGCUUCCUCUGCGAGCCCGUCUCGCUGCUCUGCGGCCACACCUUUUGCAAGCGCUGCCUGGAGCGGGACCGCGAGAAGGCGGCGGCGUGCGGCUUCUGCCCGGCGGGCGAGAGCGGGGCGCGCCGGCUGCGGGUCAACGUCGUCCUGAGCAACUUGCUGGCCAAAUGGUUCCCUCGCCAGGUGAAGGCGUCGCAGCUCCGCCACGAAGGGAACCGCUUGUACAAGGAGCGCAAGCUGCAGGCGGCCCUUCAGAAGUACAACGAAGCGGUCUGCUUAGCCCCCAAUGAUCAUUUGUUAUAUAGCAACCGGUCCCAGAUUAAUUCUACUUUGAAAUGUUGCGAAGAAGCCUUGCAUGAUGCAGAAAUGGCCUGCAGACUCCAGCCAUACUGGUUGAAGGGUCAUUUACGGAAGGGGCAAGCUCUUGCUAACCUUGGGAAGACUGAAGAAGCUUUACACGAAUUCUUGUUUUGCCUUGCUGUGGAUGUAGGGAACAGAACGGCCAGAUUGGAGGCUCAGCGGCUUCUCCUUAGUUUAUUUCCGUAUAUGCCGGGGGACGCUCAGGAACAUUUGCCCGAUAUCCUGCAGUUGUUGUCCUGUCACUCUAGAUUAAAAGGGAACCUUUUAAAUUCAGUGGGAUCUGGAAGCAGCAGCCAGAGCCUGCAAAGGUUGCUCAAGGUCAAUCUAGAACCCAACAAGUGUCUUGCUGAGGAUCAAGAAGGGGUGGACUGUGGCAGUUCGGGAAAACCCACCCCAGGGACAGAGGGCGAAAAGGGCCCUGUGAAUGACAAGGAAAAGCAUGCCUCAGUACCAGAACCUGCUGUUCUUAUUUCUGAGAAAUGCCGACUAUUAAAGAGAAAGCACUGCACUGAAGAGCCCCCAGAUGCCAAUGUGCCUAGCAAAAUUGUGAAAAGGGACCCAAGUGAUGAAAAAGAGUCCAGUGCUGGGAACUGUGUCCUCUUUGAAUUUGUAGACCCUUCUGACCUGGAGUGCUCCUUGUGCAUGAGGCUCUUCUACGAACCCGUCACCACCCCCUGUGGACACACUUUCUGCCUGAAAUGCCUUGAAAGAUGCCUAGAUCACAAUCCUAAAUGCCCCCUGUGCAAAGAAGGGCUCUCGGAGUGCUUGGCAAUGAGGAGGCACUGUAAAACUGUGCUGAUGGAAGAAUUAAUUGCAAAAUACCUCCCUGAUGAACUCACUGAACGGAGAAAGCUUCACGAAGAGGAAAUUGCUGAACUUUCCAACUUGAAUAAGAAUGUUCCCAUAUUUGUAUGCACGAUGGCCUACCCUACUGUCCCGUGCCCGCUGCACAUCUUUGAGCCAUGCUAUCGACUGAUGAUCCGGAGAUGCAUGGAGACAGGCACCAAACAGUUUGGAAUGUGUAUCGGAGACCCUGUCAAAGGAUUUGCAGAUUAUGGCUGUAUGUUGGAGAUAAGAAAUGUGGAGUUCUUUGCUGAUGGCCGCUCUGUUGUUGACAGUAUCGGGAAGAGGAGGUUCAAAGUGAUACAGCACAGCCAGCGUGAUGGAUACAAUACAGCUGAUAUUGAAUACAUUGAAGAUCAGGCAGUGCAAGGAGAAGAGUAUACAGAGCUGAUUGUCUUGCAUGAUUCUGUAUACGAUCAAGCCUACAUGUGGUUUAAUUCUCUCAAGCCGGCACUCAAGAGUCGUAUCCUCAGUCAUUUUGGCGCAAUGCCUGCUAAGGAUUCGGAGCCUCAGGCCAACCCCAAUGGCCCUGCCUGGUGCUGGUGGGUGCUUGCUGUCUUACCCCUUGAGAGCCGAGCUCAGCUCCCCUUUCUUGCCAUGACAUCCCUGAAAGAACGCUUGGAUGGAAUCCAGAGAAUCCUGACUUUCAUGUCCCGUGCGAAAUCCCGCUGAGGCCACAAAGAGUCCUGUGAAUCAUCUUGCAAUACUUGCCUGGUGCACUUGAGUAUCUGUCUGUUAACUGUGGCUGUUUUCACAUUCUGAGGCUUAAAUAUGCUCUUGAGACUAUCUCGGGGCCAGUCCAAGUUUCAGAGGACCCUUCAGCAAGAUACUGUCCAGUGGACCUCUUCUCAGGCAAGGCUGUGAUGUUGAGUGGACAGGCAAGUGCAUGGCAGCAACUUCUUCCUAUCACUGCUGCUGCGCACCCACAUGGAUGAACGAGCAGCUGCUGUCACUAGACAUGGUGGCAACUAUUCACUCACCUUCUGUUGGUUUGCAGCUGCUGGUAGCAGCCAUCACUGCUUGCUUUGGCAGCUCAGUGAGUGGACAGUGCCGUGUAGCAUCUACCUAAUAGCUGGCGGAGAAGGAUGGAAGGACGAGGAGGAGCCACGGCCUCCAUUUAUGGUGAUGAUGCGGCUUAGGGAGAAGGGUUUUUUCCAGGUGAUCAAUACAGUUGCUGCCAUCACCUCUAAUACUAGCUAGAGUUGUCGGGGGUGAUUGCGUUCUGGCUACUGGAGUCCCACUUCAGAGUGAAGCAAGAGCGACUUUUAAGCCCCGUGUGUGAAAGAGCCUUGCAUCUAAGCUGCAAUAAUGUUUGGGAGAAGGAAACCAUUCCAUUCCAAGUUUGUCAACACAGCAAAAAACCACACUGAGCCUUCAGCAGGUUACCAUGUGCAAUGUGUAAUAUUUGUGACGUUGGUCUUAAUUGCUGCACUAUUGAACUAAUUGCUUAAAUGUUUCGGGGGAGGGCAAGAAAGUGGAAAAAAGAAGUGAGCAUGUUUGCCAUAAACCUCUUGCAAGGUUUUCUAAAUUUUUAUUUUGCUUUGGAAAUAGUUGCAUUUGAAAUCAGUUCAAUAUGAAGCAGAAAGACUAAUGAUAUUGAUGCAUAAUUUCAAUAAAUUGCAAAUGUCUUAUUCCAAAAGGGUUCUGAUUUUACAUAUGUUUAUAUAACAGUGUUCUUAAGUUUUGUUGGAUAACUUUGUUUUUUGCACUAAGAUUUUUUUGUGUGUGUGUUAAUUGUAAAUUGUAAUUAUGUGUACAUAUUCUCCGUACUAAUUUGUGGUGUUUUUAUACUGAAUUGGGGGAGGGAAGUAAAAUAGUGCAACAGACUGGUCA